GUAACAGCUCCACAUCAAGCACCCGUACAGCUGCCUCGAAAGAUCUGACAUUGAAUCAAGGAAGUGGUGACCAGCACGAUGGCGGUCAUGUGUCCAUCUCUGGACCCAGAUGUGAUGAGGGAGGUUCUGGAGUGCCCCAUCUGCCUGGAGACCUACAACCAGGAUAAGAUGAGGCCCAAGUUGCUGCAAUGUGGUCACACCGUCUGCCGACAGUGCCUGGAGAAGCUGCUGGCCAGCACCAUUAAUGGUGUCCGCUGUCCCUUCUGCAGCAAAGUGUCCCGUAUGAGCAGCAUCUCCCAGCUGGCGGACAAUCUCACUGUACUAAAGAUCUUGGACUGCACCAGUUCUUCCAAAACCGCCGUUGCCCUGAUGUGCAAGACCUGCCAUAACCGCCUCCCCCGCCACUACUGCUGCGACUGUGGCACGGUGCUCUGUGACCUUUGUAAAGGGGAGGGUCACCAGCAGCAGGGCCACUCCGUCCAGCCAAUCAAAGCAGCUGCCGAGCAGCUGCGAAAAGAGCUGGGUGGAAAGCUUGCUGCUCUUUGCGAAGCCAUGGGCCACAUACAGAAGAAAAAGACAUUCAUCAACACUGUGGCCAAGUCACUUACUUUCAAGUACUUGUCAGUACAGCAGGACUAUACCAAGGCUGAAUUGCGUCUCCAAGAGGAACUGGGGCGUUCGCGCCGAGCCUUUUCCUCAUCCAUAGCAGAAGUGGAGAAGUUGAAUGGACAAAUCUUGGAGGAGCAGACCUACCUGCUGAACAUCGCUGAGGUGCAAGUGGUGUCCCGCUCUGACUACCUGACAAUGCGAGUGAAGCAGAGUGACAUUGCCUUGCUGGCGGAGGACGGAGGGGGCAAUGAUGAAGAAGAGCUGGAUCUGGGAAGCAGCCUGAAUGUUCUCCUCAAGCUCCAGGAACCCAAGCUGGAGAAGACGGAGCAUACCAAAGCUCUAGAGGUAGGCCAGCUCACCACCAAACCGUGCACUGUCAACACUGAUGAGGACAGUAGCUUUGAGCUCGGAGAUGGAGCGGUGGGUGGCAUCAUGGUAACAGAAGGAGCUACAGGGAUGUCUGAGCUUCCUCUGGAUCUCUACAGAGACAUAAACAUGAUAACUGCUAUAGAGGAGGCUGUCUGCGCCUCGCCCGGUAGUUUCAAGUCCAAGUCUAUGGAUGGUGGGGAGGCAUUGCCUGUAGGGAGUGGGCCAGGUACCCCAGCUCAGCUUUGCCAGUUUGUGAAGAAAAUGGGCUGCAAAGGCAACCUACCAGGAAUGUUUAACCUGCCUGUCAGCAUCUGUGUUACGCCGCAGGGUGAGGUCCUGGUGGCUGACCGCGGCAAUUACCGCAUACAGAUUUUCAAUCGCAAGGGCUUCCAGAGGGAGAUCCGACGCAACCCCAGUAGCAUUGACAAUUUUGUCCUCAGCUUUUUGGGCGCUGACCUGCCUAACCUCAUCCCCCUGUCUAUUGCCAUCACUGCCCAAGGUUUAAUUGGCGUCACUGACAACUACGAUAACUCUGUCAAGGUGUAUACCACAGAUGGUCACUGCGUGGCAUGCCACAAGAACCAGCUCAUCAAGCCAUGGGGCAUUGCUGCCAUGCCAUCGGGCCAGUUUGUUGUGUCUGACGUGGAGGGUGGCAAGUUGUGGUGCCUGGCGGUGGACCGCAACGUGGGCGUGGUCAACUACAAUCGCCUCUGUUCAGCUGUACGGCCCAAGUUUGUGACUUGCGACGCAGCGGGCACUGUGUACUUUACCCAAGGCCUGGGCCUGAAUAUUGAGAACCGCCACAAUGAGCAUCACCUGGAGGGUGGCUUCUCCAUAGGCUCAGUGGGCAUGGAUGGGCAGCUUGGCAAGCAGCUUAGCCACUUUUUCUCAGAGACAGAGGACUUCCGAUGUAUCACAGGCAUGUGUGUUGACAUCAAUGGGGACCUACUGGUCACAGACAGCGGUAGGAAAGAGAUCCUACAAUUCCCAAAAGAGGGUGGCUUCAACAUCCUUAUUCAGGAGGGCUUGACCUGCCCCGUGGGGGUGGCCAUCACCCAGAAAGGACAGCUGCUAGUGUUAGACUGCUGGGAUCACUGUGUGAAAGUCUAUACAUAUUUGCAGAGGCGACACUCCUCGGCAUGUUAGGGGCUGAGACCAAUCCACAAGUGUAUGUGUUUGUGAGAGAGAGAUGAAUGCAUGUAAAGUGAAUUACCUGUUUAUAUGUCACUGUCAUCAUAUCAGGAACUCCACUCCGAUUCAUUGUUAACGGGUCAUAAAAUUAAAAGCAUGUGUAUUUUGGUCACUGAU